ACGCUACUGUAUUAUACUGUGGUCUGUGGUACUGUAGUACUGUGGUAGUACUUAGUACUCCGUCACUCCGUUCUUCGUCUUCGGUGACUUUCGUCCCGCAGUGGACGCGGAAAUCUUAUAAAAAAGAGUGCAGUAUCCUCGGAAGGAAACGUCGGUUAUCGAGCUUGAGUCUUGUUAUUGAAAAUUCUUAAAUUGCAAAAGACAUACAUAUAUUCGAGCAAAAAUGGAUGAUAAUAAAAAAUCUGUUGGGAAAGGACGUGGUUCUCUACUGUUGCAAAUGAUGAAGGAGAAAACACUAGCGGAACGUGCUCGGUCUGAAGCACUGUCCCAUUCUGUAGAAACACCUAGUUUUUCCUCUAGUGAACCGACCAGAUCAUUUGAGGCAUCUCAAAGCUCAUUUGCCUCAAGUGUUAGUGCAGGUCGCGGGCGUGCUCAAUUACCUAGUUUGUUAAAAUCAAUGAGUAUAAGCAAAGGAUUGGAAUCCAGAGGCCCUACACAAGCAAUGGGACGAGCUUCUCUCCUAAGUUCUUUGACAAAAAGACAGGAUUCCGAACCAACCGUACGAGCGAGUAUGUCUGUUGAAAGGACAGAUUCUGCAGGUGUUUUAGGAAAAUUGUCUGAUAUUUCGGUAUAUGAUAGUCCAUCCACAUCCGACGCUUAUCCUUCCGAAGAUACCGCGCCAAUUUGUCGACAAGGCAAAAGUGGAACAAAAAUAGAAAUAUUUGCCAAUUAUAUAGACCUGAAAUUAGAUCCCGGAAAAGGACUGUUCCAGUAUGAAGUUAAAUAUACUCCAGAUAUAGAUUCGAUAGGAUUACGCCGUAAAUUACUUGGCCAACAUUCCGCUAGUUUAGGACGAACAAGAACAUUCGAUGGGAUGAUACUUUACUUACCAACAAAACUGCCACAAGAUGUCACAAACUAUUAUUCGGAACAUCCAAUGGAUGGUUCGCGAAUAAAUGUUACAAUAAUCUUCAAAAAGAAACAAUCAAUGAGUGAAAAUGUACAGUUCUUCAACGUUUUGAUCAAUCGUAUCAUGCGUGCGCUUAGUUUAGUUCGUAUUGGUCGACAAAAUUUUAAUCCGAAUAGCGCGCAAAAACUAAAUCAACAUCGAUUAGAAGUGUGGCCUGGUUAUGUGACUGCCGUAAACGAAUACGAGGGUGGUUUAAAGCUGUGUUUAGAUUCUAAACAUCGAGUAAUGCGGACAGACACUAUUCGAGAUUUAAUAACUGAGAUUGCUCGUAAAGGACAGCGCGAUUACAAAGAUGCUAUAGUAAACGAGAUAGUUGGUACAAGCGUAUUAACACGAUACAAUAAUAAGACGUAUCGUAUAGAUGAUAUUGCAUGGGAUAAAACACCAGAAUAUACAUUCUCCAGAAAUGACCAGGAAAUAUCCAUAAUCGAUUAUUAUAGAACACAUUGGAAUAUAGAGAUUGGAGAUAGACAGCAACCGCUUUUAGUGCAUCGUGGUACGAUUAGAACACCGACUGGCGAGAAGCAGGAAAGAAUAAUUCUUCUGGUGCCGGAAUUGUGUUAUGCUGCGGGUCUCACAGACAGUAUCCGCUCCAACCAUUAUAUAAUGAGAGAUUUGAGUGGAAUUACGAAAUCGUCGCCCGAUCAUCGUAGGAGUGUGAUUAAGCGAUUUGUAGAAGAGGUAGAAAAAAAUAAGAUUACCCACGAAUUAUUAUCAGAAUGGGGUUUACGUUUAAACAAUGACAUAGUUCAAUUUACCGCGAGACGCCUUGAUCCUGAAUUGAUACAUUUCGGGCAUAAUAGAACAUGCCAACUGACGAAUGAUAAACCCGCAGAUUGGAGUUUUGCUGCAGUAAAAAAUCCUGUAUUACGUACUCCCAAUUUGAACAAUUGGCAUAUUAUAUAUUUUACAAGAGAUGAUACUUGUGUAAAAGAUUUCUUAGAGAUGCUGAACAAGAUUGUAGGAGCGAUCGGGAUGCGGAUCAGCAAUCCACGAAAGAUUAUUCUAAAAGACGAUAGAACUGAAACCUAUCUGCGAGAAAUUCAAAACAGCAUCAACGACGUUGUCGAAUUAGUAGUUAUCGUAUUUCCGACCAAUCGCACUGAUCGAUAUUCUGCUGUCAAAAAAUUAUGUUGUGUGCAAAGAGCCAUACCGUCGCAAGUUAUCAUCGGAAAAACAAUUUCCAAGCCUCCAAAAUUGAAAAGUGUUACAGAAAAGAUUGCACUCCAAAUCAAUUGUAAAUUGGGAGGCGCGCUUUGGACUGUAAAUAUGCCAUUGAAAAAUUGCAUGGUGUGUGGUAUAGAUGUCUAUCACGCUGGUGUAGGAGGAGGUGCGAAGAGGAGUGUUGCAGGUUUUGUUGCAAGUUUAGAUACUCAAUUAACCAAAUGGCACAGUAGAAUCUGUAUGCAGGCUUCUAAGCAAGAGUUGGUAGAUAUGCUACAGGUGUGCCUUACCUCAGCUAUCAAUGCAUAUCAAAAGCAUAACGGGUGUAAUCCGGAACGUAUAAUUAUAUACCGCGAUGGAGUCGGCGAUGGUGAUUUAGAUUAUGUCGAAAAAUAUGAAGUGAAGCAACUAAUGAUGACGUUCAACCGCAUUGCACCGAAUUAUAAGCCGCAACUUAGUGUAAUAAUCGUUCAAAAACGUAUCAAUACACGAUUGUUCAUCAAAGAUAGAGGCAAUCCGCAGGGCUUAGACAACCCCGUAGCGGGUACCGUUGUUGAUUCUUUCAUAACGAGAAGAAACUAUUACGAUUUCUUUCUCGUGCCGCAAAGUGUACGACAGGGUACGGUAACACCCACUCAUUACAUUGUUAUUCAUGAUUCAUCCAACCUGGAGACUGAUCAUAUGCAACGACUCACGUAUAAACUCUGUCACUUGUAUUACAAUUGGCCUGGUACGAUUCGCGUACCCGCUCCUUGUCAAUACGCGCACAAGCUCGUAUACCUGGUCGGUCAAAAUAUUCAAGCUGAACCCCACCAUUCCCUUACAGAUAUCUUGUUCUACCUAUAACUUUCUCGCCUAUAUCUAAUCUGAUUAUUUUUUCAUUCGCUCUAAGUUUCUCUUUCUCUUUUGUUCCUCCUUAAAUUGAGUACAAGCAUAUCUAUAGGAGAAUAUUUAAAAUAGACUGAUAGAAUAUUAUAUGAAUUAUUUGAUUAUGUUUCUCUAUACAAAAGUUUAUGUCGAUCAUCGAUCGUGAAUAACAAUUUAGCCAAAAUAUUGCGUACAAAGUAAAGGGUAAUUAAUAAUUAUGAUUGAAGAAACAAUAUAGGAGACUAUUACCAAGUAUAUUAUAAACAAUGCACUUGGGACAUAUGUCUCUCUUCGUAGAUAUUUUAUUUUCUUUUAUACACAGUCAAUUAGAGUACAACUACAAGGUAACACUUGCAUUUGUGUUAACCCGGAAAGUAAUUUGUGCAUUUGGCACUCGGUUAAAUAUCAAUGCAAAUUUUGCUGCUCUUAAGUAAUAUAUAAUUUAUCCCUUUUAGCUGUAUUACAUAUAUAGCUAAUGUAUAUUUGAAUUUUGUUUAUUUUUUUAUAUGCAAAGAGACUAAAAUAUAACCAAAAAGUAUUCCAUAAGUUAUAGAAUAUUUAUAUUCGUUUUUGUUGGGCUUCAUACUUAUAUAAUACAUUUUCAUUCGACGAUAGCAACAUCACACAUUACCAUAUUUGUGUGUGUGUGUAUGAAAUUAUUUCAUCCUUGUUUAACCGAAAGUUAAACAAAGACAGGUGAGCUCGCAAGCGUUGCGAUAAUCAAAUGGAACAUAGUCACAAUACUCGCAAGAAUCUGGCUUUUUAUUUUCUACUUAUUUUCGUAGUCUUGUUAAAACUUUGCAAAAUUAUUAUUGACAAAUUAUCAGUAUUAAAAUAAAGACUAUAAUAAAUAAUGAUCUAUAUUUGUGAAAAAGUUUAAUUAACUGAUUUAAUCUUUUUCUUUUGCUUCCUCAUAGAGGAAGCUUUGUUUUAUUUCUUAGAAUAUAAACUUCUUAAAGAAUAAGAUGUAGGAUCUCAUAAAUUAACAAUACGAUUAUUGUUAUUAUUGCUACUAUUGUUAUUGUUUUAUAAUCCAAGUAAAUGUAUAUUUAAUGUAAUUUUCAAAGAUUAUUUUAGAGUUGAUUACGUACAUAUUUUUCAGCAUGCAAAAAGCUUUAAAGUCAUUAUGUUUUUUUAUAUAACUAUAAAGAAAAUUUUGCUUAUUUUUGCAAUAUUUAUACUUAAUUAGUGCCAAAAUAAUCUCUCUGUGAGAUUGAAAUAAAUUUCUCUUCAAUAUUAUAAUAAAAAAGUUUUUUUUGUUUUUUUAAAUAUUCUCGUAAGAAGUAUUAGAUUUUUAUUGAUAAUUCAAUAUUUUGAAUGUAUUUUAUAAAAAUGUAUCCACUUUUUAAAAGAACAGUGUAACACAUUUUCUAACAAUAUAUCUACGAAAUACUCUCAUGUAAUAUUAACAUGACAGUUUUAUACAUUUAAAAAAAGAGACAUUUGCAUUUUUCCCAUAUUUUCUAUGUAAUUCAUUCUUUUAUUAUUCCUAUGCUAGUAUUAUUUACUACUAAUCUCCUCUACAAAAUGGUAUAUCUAAACAUUUUUUGUUUUAGCAUUAAUUCUUUAACCAUUAUUUUUAAAUUUUAUCUAUUGCUUUUAGUCUCAUAAACAAAGCAACUUCUUAUUUAGUUUUAAAUACAUAAUUCAAAAAUGAUAAAAAGAUUAUUUUGAAGCGCAACAAGAUUAUUUAUUCAUGACACAUGGAUUAAAUUGCUCUCUUGAAAAAAUGUUAAUUGAAUGGAAAGUGUGCAGAACAGAAUUUUUCAUAGUUUGAUGUGCGAUUGUUGUGAAAAAAAGUCGUGAAAAAAAAUAGAAUUAACUUUAUUACCAUACAACGAAGUUCAUUUAAGGAAAAAGACAAUAAGGUAUAUUCAUAUAUAUAAUUCACAUUGUAUAAUUUUCCAUAUAAGACAUAUUUUAAUAUUCUCAUUUUUUUUUACAUCCAAUACUUGUAUAAAAAAAUUUUAUAAUCAUAUAUAUUCUAAUGAAAUUAAAUUUUUGAAAAUUUUGAAAUUCGAAUACAGAUUUUAGUAGAGAGAGAGAUAAAUAUAAAAAGAUUUGUUAUACAACAAAAAUGUACCAAAUACACAUUUCAUUACAGAAAGAAUUUCAACUUUAACUUUAAGAAUCUAAGUUUUAAGCGUUUUCUCAAAUUGUGAAACUUUCCAUAUAUUUGUUGGUUGAAGUUUAUUUAUAACAGUGAAUAUUGCAAGGUUGGCUAUUAUGCAUCAUUCAUCAAUUGCUUAAUUAAGCAUUAGUCAAAGUCCAUUAAAGUUUGAUAUAUUUUUAUUCUAAAAAAAUAGAAAUAAAAACAGAAUCUCAGUAAACAAUAUUUAUGAUAGUAUUUUAUGUUAUGAUAAUGUUUAUUAUAGUUACAUAAAAUUUUUAUGGAAAGGAUAGAAUUACAUGCAUCAAUAAACAUUGAGAAAAUUAUAUAAUAUAUACAUAUAUCAUGUGUAUGUUAAGAUAAAAUUUUAUAAAUAAUAAGAUGUGAAAAUAUA